AUGAGCACGCUCGAGGACUGCGAGCGGGUCAUCAAGAACCUCGACGGCACCCUGUACAGCGGGCGCACGAUGAGGGUGAACAUGGCCGACAGGCCGAAGCCGAAGGCGCCGCUGUACCCGGAGACGGAGCACAAGCUCUUCGUCGGCAACCUGUCGUGGACGGUCACCCCGGAGAUGCUGACCGACGCGUUCCAGCGCUGCGGCAACGUGGUCGGCGCCCGGGUGCUCUACGACGGCGAGACCGGCCGCUCCCGCGGCUACGGCUUCGUCUGCUACUCCACCAAGGAGGAGAUGGACCAGGCCAUCGAGACGCUCAACGGAACGGAAAUCGAAGGCAGGGAGAUCCGGGUCAACUUGGCCCUGGGGAAGAGAUACUAG